AUGCCUAAGUGCCUAGUGUGCAGUAAUUCUUCUACGAGCACCAAUCGUCUUGAUAUAUCUUAUCAUUUGUUUCCCAAGAAUGAAUACCGAAGAAAACAAUGGCUUAAAGUGUAUGGAAUUGGUUAUUGUAAUGAUUCUGAUCAUAUAUGUAGUGAUCAUUUUUCAAAAGAAAACUAUAGGGCAGGACGAAAGAGAUAUUUAAAAAAAAAUUCUAUCCCCCAUGGCUAUGACAAAAAUUGUUUUCCUUCCAAUUCUACUCAAAGUAAUGAUGUUUUAAUGAGCAACAAUGAAUUUUUACCAACAGAACUAAAUUGUUUAAGUUACACCACUCAAAGUAAUGAUGAUGAAACUAGUACUAAUGAAUUUUUACCGAGGGAAGAAAAUCAUUUAAGAAAGGUACAAAGCUAUGAAAAUAUAACGAAGUUCCACACUGAACCAUUUGAGAGACAAAUUCCUGCGUGCAUUGCCAAUGACAAUAUUCAACCCGCAAUUGAAAGCGGUUUAGCACCAGUGUUAACAAUUACUAAGUAUAAACAAGAAGCAACUUCAACCUUAAAAAUGCCAGAUAAAUUGUCUUAUAAUGUUGUAACUAAUCCAGAAUUAAUUGACAAUCAAAUUACAUAUUUGAAACAUAUCUCUUCCACAAGUAAAUCAAAUUCAUCUGUAUUGCCUGGAAUAAAGACUCCAGUCAUUUCAAAAUGUUUUUCAUUAGCCGGAAAAUCAGAUACCCAUGAUUCUAACCCAUAUAAUGGUGCAAAUACCUCUCAAUGUAUAAUAAUUGAUGAUGACGAUACAGAAGUUGUUACGGUAAAAGAUCACAGAUUUAUUAAUAAGAUUUCUAGAAUUAUUGUACUUCCUAGUGAACUUUGGAGGAGUGUAUAUGAUAGUGUACAAAAUACAACUUCUUUUUAUCAACGAGACAGUUCUUAUAAAACUGUGAAAAAAAUUUGUUUUUAUAAUAGCCUUUUACCAAAAAUACAAAUAUAUGGAAUGAACUACAAAUAUAAAAAGCAUAUUAAAUCAAAAAAUGAAUUACAAAAUCUUUUAGAAAAAGUUGAUGGUAUUAAGAAAUGUUCUGGUAUUGAUGGAUUUACCAAUACCAAUAGGUAA